AUGAACCCCACUAGAAACAUCCGUGUUCGCAGUUCCACCCCCAAUACCAAACAGACAAAUCCCAAGUCUAGUGUCCUUCCUAACUUGAACAAGAUUCAGAACAUGGACAAGAGUCAAACGGCAUUUCUGCCUUACGUGAAGUCUGAAUUCAAUCCUGGAAAGAUAAAUCAAGUACCCAAUAUGACUAACGAGCAGAAUUUGGGCAUGCGUCUGAUCAACAAGGAUGUGGAGUUGUCUCCCCAGUCCCGAGCACAAACAGAGAAGAUAUUCAGCCAACAAUUCACGAAUUUGAGGUACCUGUCUCAAGAGCUGUUAAAUAACAGGUCUUCUGAGGAAGGAGCCAAUUUAGCCACGAUUCACAAGACAAACAUCGAGACACCCCUCAAAGAUCUCCACCAUUCACAAUUGUUGGCUAAUACCUAUUUUGCUAAGGGCGAAUAUGAGGAUGGGAAGCGCUACAAGCUCAUGCAGAAUAUUAUAUCCGCAAUGAGGGAUUUUGGUGACAAUAACCUUGGUACCAACGACAAGGCCAAUGCAAAGAUUCAACGCGAUAUAGCAACUGUGGAGAAACUACAAGAUCAUCUCUUCCAAGCCUGGAGAACAACAGUAAAUGGCCAGAAGAAUCAGGCAACCGCGGCAUUGAACUCUCAAACAGCAAUACUAACUGAACACGCCCAAAUACACAGGGGGAGACUGUUUCAGAAGACAUAA